CAAGCAAAGCAAUCAAGCAGCGCAAAUCGACCUUGCACGACAUUGACAUUGACAUUGCGCCCACCGCGCCCCUCACCCCACCAUGACCCCGACAUCCUCCCACCAUGCCGCGCACCUCGCCGCGACAGCCCUGGUAUCUGGUGCCCUCGUCGCGACUUCUAUACUUGCCUUCCAGCGCCUGCGGAGGGAACGCAGGGUCGACGACCUGAAACACUCGAUUCCGCCGCUGACGGGGGAGGAACUACCUGAUCUCGUCGCGCCGACGCCACAGUGGAGUAAAGAAGAUGAGAGGAGCGCCGAGCUUGCUGCGCGGGCGAUAAGGGGAGAGUACGAUGACGAACUCAUUCUCGAGCAAUUGGCGCGCAACCGCGUUUUUCUUUCCGAUUCUGGCCUUGCUGCCCUUCGAAAUGCGAAGAUUGUGGUUGUAGGCUGCGGCGGUGUUGGGUCGCACUGCGCUGCUGCGCUUGCGCGGUCGGGGGCCUCGCAUAUCCGCCUUAUCGACUUCGACAUGGUGUCUCUGUCGUCGCUGAACCGGCACGCGGUAGCUACACUGGCGGAUGUUGGGACACCGAAGGUGGAGUGCUUGCGUCGGAGGCUGCGGGCUGUGACACCUUGGGUGGAUUUCGAUUGCCGGAAUGAGAUGUUCAGCGAGAAGGAUGCGAGUAGGCUACUCAAGGAUGCGGAGUUCGUGGUGGAUGCGAUUGAUAAUAUCGACUCGAAGGUCGGGCUACUGGCUUACUGCCACGAGAAUGGGAUACAGGUGGUUAGCUCCAUGGGCGCGGGGUGCAAGAGCGACCCGACAAGGAUAUUUGUCGGGGAUAUCAGUGCAUCAACUGAGGAUCCGCUGUCGCGCUCUACACGCCGCCGACUGCGUCUACGAGGCAUUGCAAGCGGGAUCCCCGUUGUGUUCUCGACGGAGAAGCCAGGCACAGGAAAGGCACAGCUACUUCCCCUCUCCGAAGAGGAGUUUGCGAAGGGAAAAGUCGGGGAGCUGGCGCCUAUGGCCGAUUUCCGAGUCAGGAUAUUACCUGUGCUCGGCACGAUGCCAGCGGUGUUUGGUUGUGCAGCGGCAAACUACGUUAUUUUGAAACUAGCAGGGUACCCUACGGAUAAUGUUGAGACGAAGGGGAGAGAUAAACUGUACGAGACUAUCCUGGCGCAGGUACAGGGCAGUGAGGAGAAGGUUGCUAGAGCUACUAUGGGUUGGGGUGCUGAAGACGUGAAGGGCCUCAAGUUACCGCUGACGGCCGUAGAUGUGGGAUACUUAGUCGAGGAGGUAUACCGAGGUCGUAGCGUGGUUAGUGGGGUGCCGACAAGGCUGGCGCUCGUAAGGUGGCAGGCCCCUGAGGGAAAGACGAUAAAGGAAGGAGAGGGGCAGAAGAGUAGCCGCCUACGGUUGGGAGAGCUUGUGUGCAUGACGAAGGAGGAGGCGAAGGUGCAUGAACGGGAGGUGGUGCUCGGAGGAAAGAAUGUGGAUGAUAUGUACGGAAAGGAUAUUGUAGAGUACGUAGAGUCAAGGAUAGAGGAGGAAAAGGGGUUCGCGACCUAUAGAUAGUAAAGGAAGGAUAGAUAGUAGACGUAGGAUGAGGUCGCAGGCUUAUAUCGCCGGCAUGGCAGUCUUGUACAUUACAAUGUAUACCCAUACCCAUGUUUGCGAUCUAGGCGAUAUUCGAUGUUCUCCAGGAUUAAUAUUUAAAAGCAUGACUGUCAUGUUUUAGCAUGCUUUAGGUUGACGAUGAGAUGAUACUAAGACGAUACUAUACUAUACUAGAUGAUACUAUACUGCUACACUAUAUUAGAGGUUGAUAUAGGC